GCGGACUUCCCUUCACCUUGCCUGGUACGGAGUUUGGUCUGGGGUCGGCCAUCACAGUAAAGAGACGGUUUAACUGUCCGGCGUGGCAGGCUUCUGCCAACUAAACAACGGUGACGGAUGAUGGAGAAAUGAGGGACACACAUUUUUUAAUGAUGUGAAUAAUAAAAAAAACAUUUUAUUUAUUCAGCUUCAGCUUUAUUGUCUGUAUAUUGUUAUAACAAAGCUCUCACUAUCGCAGGAAUAAAAUUCUGGUAGAGAAAUUUUAAAUACUUAAAAAGCAAUGAUAAAAAAAUGAAAUAUAUUAACUCAUCCCAAGUUCCCUAAACCCCCAAAUCCCCUGGAAAAAAUGCAAAGGACAUGACCUCUAUAUCUUCAAAAAGCCAGGUUUAUUGAGGAUAUGGAGGUCCUCAGACAUUUUGAUUUGUCAUUUGGGAAAAGCACAGAUGUUACUGGUAAUAUUGAUGAUGGCUCUGUUCGAUUCAAGUGUUCCAGUAAGCCAUGACAGUGUGACAGUGAGCCUGCAUGCACACUACCAAGACCCUGAAACUGAGCCAGCUAAAUGUCAUUCAGUCAUAAUUUAUUAUUAUGUCACACCUGUAAUAUGUAAAAAUAUCUUCAGUAAAAAAGAUCUAUGGUAGCUACGGCCUUGUUAAGUACAGACUGUUAUAUAACUGACAUCUUGGUAGGCCUGUAGACUUUACCAAGAGAGACAUCAAGACCUAUUCUUGUUUAUUUUAAACAUGUUGUGAAUGAAGAUCUUAAUCAGGGGUGUCCACACUUUACACGUAAAUAAUGAUCCCAUGCAGAUAUUUAUAGGCCACUAAUGUGGGGGAAGUAUGUACACAAGUUAUUUUAUCAACCCAAAUUUUCUCUGACACUUGACAGUCACACAGAUAACUUCCACUCAUUGUGCAAAACAAAAACAUAUUAUUAGGAGAACUAACAGUGAAAUAACAGUUUUUUACUUGCUUGUUUGUGUAAGUUUAGAUUAUUAAAGUGUUUUUCAAAGUCUGCUCCACCACUUCAUAUUCUCUGUGUAGUAGAUAAAUUUGGGAACAGCUGUUUUGAUCACACGAACACCGAGUACAAAUACUCUGUGGGAGGGGGGUAAAGUGCAAUAAAGUCAUGUAUGCAACACGUGUUCAACAUCAUUUCAACCUAAAGGUAAAAUAACAAUGAGUGAAAUGUUCAGGGGAGAACCACAAUUUUUCCCAAAGCAUUUUAGUGGUAAAAGCAUCUUUGAUUCAUUACAAGACAAAAGUUAAAGAUGAUCUCAAGGUGAAGGCUCACUUUCAUACAGAAAUUCAUUGUUAUGAGCAGUUUAGUGCUUGUCUGUGCAGUAAAACUCUCUUUCAAAGAUAGACACUGAUCCCUUUCUAUCACCAACAUUUUCCUUCAGAUAUUCACAGAAAAGAAAAAUUCUUCUGGAACUUCUUGGCAGAGCAUGGAGAAAGGAUAAAAUCUUCAUUUAGUCUGGCAUAUUAGAGGAUACCUUCACAAUUUUUCAAGUUGGUCUUUAAACUCCAGUCAGGUGCCCAUAUGAACAUUGAAACACUGUAAUCAUUCCUCCUGUUCAUACUGACCAUUAGAAGAUCCUCCAAAUGCCUUUUCAAUGUAAGUGGACACAAUUCAAUGUCCUUGUUUUGUGAAAAAAUAUAUUUCAGAGUUCAUCUGAAUUUAAUGUGAGGCUUAAGUCAUCCACACUAGUUAAAUUAAAUGGAUAUCUUCCAAAGUUAAAGUGUUUUAGUACAAAAUUCCUCUUUGUUUCCCCAGACAGUCUUUCUCAUUCUUCUGUUGAAUGACUGUGAGAGGAUAGUAAUAAAAAGAGGAACAUUUGCAGUAAAAAGGUGUUAACUUUGGAAGAUAUCCACUCGAUUUUACUAAUUUGAAUAUAAGCUUCUGAUAACCUUCAAAUACGUAUUUGCACAAACUGAGGGCUGUCCAUCACUUACAUUGAAGCACAUGAGGAAUGACUCUUCUAACGGCCAGUAUGAACAGGAGGAAUGAUUACAGCAAGAAAAAACACUUUCAAUGUUCAUAUGUAAAUAUGAAUAUUAUUUUAAGACACAACUAACUAAUUAUAGUGUUGAUAUGAAAUCUCAUGGUGAAUUGAUGGUCUUUUCUUGAGUUAUGCUCAACUUCUGUGUGUUACUGUGUGGGUGAAAAUGUUUGGCAAGUGCUCUUGACCAAUCAUAUAAUGCCAGCAGUGCAGACACCCUCUCUAAAGCAUUUAAAAGAGAACAGCCUUUCCCCUGUCUCUGCACGAUUCUUGAUCACACCUCACAGUGCAGAUCAGCUCCAAUCAAGAAAUUACCAACAUGCUCUUGUUCCUCUUCUUGUUUGGUCUGGCUCUGGGUGCCGAGUCUCCUUCAGGUGACCAUGAAAUGAAGCUACAGCGUGGGAACUGUCCCAUGUUCUGGUACAGCUUCCAGGGCCGCUGCUACAAGUAUGUCUCCACACAUAUGACCUGGGCUGAUGCAGAGCUCCACUGUGUGUCAGAGAAGGCCAACCUGGUGUCUAUCCACAGUCUGGAAGAACAGAAUUUUGUCACAUCCCUGAUCAAGAACUUUGACCAUACUAAGGAACCCACCUGGAUUGGACUCAGUGAUGUCCACAAAGAAGACAGAUGGAUGUGGUCUGAUGGAUGUGCAGUUAACUUUGACUUUUGGUUUCCAGGAGAGCCAAACAAUAAUAAUAGAAUUGAAGACUGUGUUCACAACAACCAUGGUACUGAUCUGAAAUGGAAUGAUGCCAAAUGUUAUUACACCUAUCCGUCUGUUUGUGCUUCUCGCAUAGUCUGUCCUUAGCAACUGACAUGGUUGCUAUGGGCAACCUGGUGAAUUUCCUCUUGUUCUUGUUCUGUUAAAAUGCAAUGGGCCUCAACAAAAAAAGUUACAAAUGUUCAUGAAGAAAAGUCAUUUAUCUAACCUUCAUUUUCACCAGUGUUGGACAUUCAUAAUGACAGAUAAGACUUGGGCUGAUGCAGAGCUCCACUGUGUGUCAGAGAGGCCAAUCUGGUGUCUAUCCACAGUCUGGAACACAAAAAAUAAACAUAUAUACAAUUUUACGUGUGUACAGAAGUUAUUUCUCUAACUCUUACUUUCACCAUUGUUGGAUGUUCACAUGUUCGACUCCAGUGGUUCAAUAAAAAAAUCUGUGUGAGUUUGCAAAUUUCAGUUUGCAGACAAACUCUCAAUUUCUUUUAUUUUCAUGAAUAUUGAACAUUAACACAUGUAACUCCAAUGAUUGGUCGAAAGGAAUAUUCACACAACUUUUUGAUUUAUGGAAUAAAGACAUUUCAAUCCACAGAUUUUUCCUCUUGCAAGUUUGUGUAGAUUUAAAUGAUUGUUUUAGUUAAAGUGCUUUUACAUGUCUGUUCUAGAUUUUCAUACUCUUUGCUUGUUGAUUAAAUGAAGGAACAUCACAUGAAUUUUAUAUUCUGAUUCAUCAAUAAUAGGGAGUUUUGUUACCUUUA